GUUUCUGAUUUGUUAGUAUUUUCUAGUACGUGAUACUUCAGAAGACUGGACCCCUCAUUUCAUGAGAUAAAUAUAUCUCAGUAUCAUCUGGAAAUUGAUUUAAAUUUCCGGAUUCCCGUGGAUCAGUUUCAAUGGAGAUUCUUUGACUGCAGGAGAAUAAAUUUAUAAUGUGGACUUUACGAAGUGUAAUAUUUUUUAUAAUUGUUCUAUGGGCCGGAUGUGACGUUUGUCAUUGCAAUAUCAAACAGCCGACGAUUUUGGUGGCGGUUUUAGUAAGAAAUAAAGCUCAUACUUUGCCCUAUUUUCUCAGCCUCUUCGAGAAUUUGAAUUAUCCAAAGGAGAGGAUUAGUUUGUGGAUUCGAAGUGAUAACAAUAUAGAUAAUUCCAUCGAGAUCCUAUCGAAAUGGCUAAACAAGGAAGGAAAGCAUUACCAUUCCAUAAACGCAAGAUUGGAUUCAGAAUCCCAUGGAUUUGAUGACGAGAAAGGAACAGCCGAUUGGUCUAAUGAUCGAUUUACUCAUGUAAUUAAUCUGCGACAGGAAGCGUUAGAUUAUGCACGAGAAUCGUGGGCUGAUUACAUUUUUAUGUUGGAUGCUGAUGUUCUCUUGACGAAUCCCAAUACGUUGAAAAUUUUAAUUGAUAAACAGAAGAGUGUGGUAGCCCCUCUCUUGAAAUCUGAUGGGUUGUACAGUAAUUUCUGGGCAGGAAUGACUCAGGAUUAUUAUUACCUGAGGACUGAGAGAUAUAAACCUAUAGUAAAUCGUAUAGAAAAGGGCUGUCAUGAUGUUCCAAUGAUUCACAGUGCUGUCAUGGUAGAUCUGAAGAAGGUGGAGAGUGAUUAUUUGACUUAUGAGCCCAAGAGUAUCGAUAAUUAUGCUGGUCCAGAUGAUGACAUCAUCGCUUUUGCACUUGGUGCUAAUUCUUCUGGAAUUUCUCUUCAUGUUUGCAACGAUGAAAUUUACGGAUUUAUUAUGGUUCCAUUGGAGUCUGGUGAUCCGCUCGAAGCAGAUAUCGAGCAACUGACUAAUUUGAAAUUAGAAAUCUUAGGCUAUCAGCUCGAAAUUCCCGUGUCCCCCGUGCUGAGGGAAUUUGUAAAAUACUCGAGGAAGGAUACCCUCGGUAUGGAUCAUAUCUUCAUGAUAAAUCUGGAGAGGAGAAUUGAAAGACGUUUGCGGAUGGAACGAUGCUUCGAUGAGCUGGGGGUUGAGGUAGAAACAUUGGCUGCUGUGGACGGUCGAAAAUUGAACGAGACAAUUUUGGCGGAUUGGGGAAUCAAGAUGAUGCCGCAGUAUGCGGACCCUUAUCAUAAAAGACCCAUGAAAAUGGGAGAAAUUGGCUGUUUUCUCAGUCACUACAUCAUCUGGAAGAGGAUGAUCGAUGACAAUUACAAACAAGUUAUGGUACUUGAAGAUGAUGUUCGCUUCGAGCCUUAUUUUCGAAAUAAAGUCAACGUUGUUAUGGGGGAAUUGAAGAAUCUGCAAUUAGAAUGGGAUUUAGUAUAUUUAGGGCGAAAACGAAUGCAGGAAGAGGAUGAGCCUUACGUGCUGAGUUCAAAGUACCUAGUGCACGCUGGCUACAGCUAUUGGACCCUGGGUUACAUAUUAUCCCAAACAGGAGCACAAAAACUACUCGACGCAAAGCCGCUUAAUUCCCUCGUCCCAGUUGAUGAAUAUCUCCCAAUUCUCUUCGACAAACACCCAAGAGCCAACUGGAAAGGAUACUUCCCGGUGCGCAAUUUAAUAGCAUUUUCCACAGCGCCAUUACUGAUUUUUCCCACGCAUUACACUGGCGAAUCUGGUUACAUCAGUGAUACGGAAAAUUCCAAUAUCAUCAGUGAAGAUAAAAUCGCAGCGAGAAAAAACGAACUCUAAAAUGGAUUUAACAGUUUGGAGUGGGGGAAGAGGAGAAAAAGAGGCCCCGACAAAUGGGGGCGGGGCCUUAAAGGAAAUUCGAUAUUCCCGAAACUAGUGCCAGAGUUUAUGCCAUUUUGUUAUAUUAUAAAAGAGGACUAAUUUUUAUACAUCAAAUUAUUUUAAUGACAAAUUUAGCAACUGCCAAAGUAUAUUUGAUAUAAAGAACUUUUAUAUUUAUUCAUCAGUCGUUUUUAUAUCCCGAAUUACUGGAGAUGAGAUUGAAUAAAUAUAG